CCGCCCCGCUGGGUUCGGGCUCGCAGUCGGAGCGCAGCGGCUGGCGGGGUCGAACGCGUUGCCUGGUCAGCCAUGUCAUCGGAGCCUCCCCCGCCACCACCACAGCCCCCCACACAUCAGGCUUCCGUUGGGCUGUUGGACACCCCUCGGGCCCGAGAGCGAUCUCCAUCCCCGCUGAGGGGCAACGUGGUCCCAAGCCCGCUGCCUACUCGCCGGACAAGGACCUUCUCAGCGACUGUGCGGGCAUCACAAGGCCCUGUCUACAAAGGAGUCUGCAAAUGCUUCUGCCGGUCCAAAGGUCAUGGCUUCAUUACCCCGGCCGACGGGGGCCCUGACAUCUUCCUGCAUAUCUCCGACGUGGAGGGGGAGUAUGUCCCAGUGGAAGGUGACGAGGUCACUUAUAAGAUGUGCUCCAUCCCACCCAAGAAUGAGAAGUUGCAGGCCGUGGAGGUGGUCAUCACUCAUCUGGCACCGGGCACCAAGCAUGAGACCUGGUCUGGACAUGUCAUCAGCUCUUAGGACCUGCAAGACCCCUUCUCCUGGGCUUCGGGGAGACUUUGGAGGGGGGGUGAGCAAGGGCCACACUGGAGAUGACAUUCUACCAUACAACACGGGCUCCAAGGUGGGGCACGGGCCCUUUCAUGCAUCUCCUGGAAGGGCGUGGGGGCAGCUCGGGGUGCCCCCUCCACCAGCACAGCCUCUGACCUUCACAACAAGCUCUCACCACCUGAAAGGCAUUAAAGCAUUUCAAAAGGAGAGGCACCUGGCUGUGGCUGCGUGGAGGGUCCAACCCCAGCCGAGGGGUGGGUCACAUGUCUUUCCCCAAACUGAACCCCUCAUGGAACCGGAGGUCUGUGUGGCCUCUGGGGCAUGUCACCAGUCCUGUGAAUUCCCGCCCAGGGCCUCUGUCUCUUCUGAGACCAGGGCAAGAUCCACUUUCUAAUUCUUGGCUUGGCUGGUUCUAGAGAGGUGGCUGGGGCAAAAGGAGGAGCUAUGUGUGUAAGGGCUUUGCUUUUAGGUGCCUUUGCAAGCAGGGCCGUUGCCAUCCUCGGGGGAUGAUGUCCCCCAGGAGUCCUGCCUGUCUCUCAGGAGCUCCUGCCCCAGGUCAUGGCUACUUUGAGGCGCAGGCCUGAUUCUUUGAGAGGGCUGGUGUUUUCCACUUGCUGCUUUACUGGCAGCCACCCAGCAAAGCCAUUCACAGCCUGUCAUUAAGCUGAUGCUGGGAUGGCCAUGGGGUGGGGAGGAGAGGGCUGUGGAGAGCAGAGGAUCUUUGUUUCAAAACAGAACUUUCUACCGGGUUGGUGGCUCCUAUCUGUAAUGCCAGCACUUGGGAGGCUGAGAUGGGGAAGAUCCCAAGUUCCAUGUCAGCCUGGGCCACAGCAAGACUGGCUUCCACUGUCAGCACUGCAGAACAAAACAAACGCCCCAGAACUUUCUCCUACUCACGCAGAGAAAAGUAGGCAGCUUGCUUCCUGACAGCCUUGCAAAUCAACGUUGAAGGAGAAACACACCUAGGGUGGGGAAUGGGGUUUCUUAAAACUGCUGUAAGAAAUGCUUAGAAUUCUUCUUUCUCUGUGCUGGGGAUGGAACCCAGGGCUGUGUGGCCUGUUAGGUAAGCACUGUUUUUCUUUCUUUCUUUCUUUCUUUCUUUAAUCUAUAUAACUGAAGCUCUUUUCUCAGAGCUGGCUCUGCACCUUGCUGUGACCUGUAGACUUAUGUUUCGAGUGAACAGAUAGAUUCCUAGGACCUCCUCCGCUGUGGUUUGGAUUUAGUUGUGAUCUAAAAAUAGAAGUGGCUGGGAAACCUGCUUAGAAGUAUGUGGCUUUGAGAAAGUCACAAACUCACCUGUCAGUGCUGGGGAUGUGUCCUGAAACUGGCUUUGGGGCCCCAAGAGUGGUCCAGGUAAGAGAGUUAUUUGAUACGGGGAGCUCACCCUGUGACUGAACUCUGGGUGAGUGUGUCCUUGUGGAAGGGGCGAAGGCUGGAUGGUUUGCUGAUGAGCGCAGGGCUUUGCACACGCUGAGCCUGGGUGCGCCAGUUGCGUUUGGCUGGCUCAGCACGGGCUCCUCCACCCCAGUUGCUCACUUUCUGUGUGGCCUGUGGUCCUGGUUGGGUCACUGGCCGUUGUUUUCAUACUGUGUCAAAGGUGGCUUCUUCCCCUCCAGCCCUGGCUUGUUCCCCACUGGCACCCUGGGGCCUGUCUUCAGAACACACUCCCACAGCUGCUUCUGUCAGGACCGGGAGGGCUCCCUGCCUCUGCCGUGCUGCCUCGCGCUCACCCUGCACCCUGCGCUCUAGCGGGCCCACCGCGCAGGCAGCCGGGAGCCCCAUUCUGCUGGCGUGGUGACCUCUGGAUUCUCUCGCUUGGCCAGAUCUUUUAUAAAUGGCUCUUCCUGUGUGACCACAUCUUUUCAGCCAGUAGAGUAUUCUAGAACUGCAGGGUAUUAGAGCUGGAAAAGAUCCCUUUUCUGUUCAGAAAGGGAGGGUUAACUUACAGAGGAGGAGGGACAUGGUAUUGGUGACCAAGCCAGGAAUGGAAUGUAGAUUCCCAAAUACAAACCCUGCUUCCCUUCGCCACUUCUUUCUCAAUAAAGAGUUUGUUUUCUGCA